CACGCCACACCACGCCUCUCCUGCUAUUUAGCAGUCAUGUCAUCUGUUACUACCAACACGUUCUGAGCUACAGGGAGAAGCAGAAAGGUCCAGAGGAACUCUAGUGGAGCAAGAAAACCAUGGAGCUGUGGAGAAUAACACUGAUCAUAAACCUGUGGCUCCUCAGUAGUCUGAAUGCAUCUGCUUUCAACCUGGAUAAUACCAACGUACUGAGGAAAAACGGAGCGCCUGGGAGUCUGUUUGGAUAUUCCCUCGCAAUGCACCACCAACUCAAACCUACUGAUCAGCAACUCUUGCUGAUUGGUGCGCCACAUGCGAAAGCCUUACCCAGUCAGAAAGCCAACAUAACUGGCGGUCUCUAUCGCUGUAAGUUCACAACACAGAGUGACGACUGUGAACGGAUCCCCAUAGACACUGAAGAUGCACGGCCAGGACAGGGAUUAGACCACCGGGAAAACCAGUGGAUGGGUGUGCAUGUGAAAAGCCAGGGCCCAGGAGGAAAAGUGGUGGUUUGUGCUCAUCGCUACCAGCAGUGGAUCCAUAACAAUCAGCUGGUACUGGGCAGGUGCUUCAUCUUGGAACAGAACCUAAUCGUUGAAGACACGAGGACGUUCUGUCGCAAUCGGGCCAACUCUAAGGACAGGUUCGGUUACUGUCAGCAGGGCGUCUCUGCAGCUUUCACCAAAAACAAGAAGUACAUCGUGUUCUCGGGUCCAGGUGCCUAUGACUGGAAAGGUACUGUCCGCAUGGAGCCUGUUGAAGACUUUCUUCUGGAUCCCUAUGAAACCGGAGAUCAGAAUACAUUUAACGAAUGGAGCAUUCCUCUGACCCUCAGCAGCUAUUUAGGCUUUGCUCUGGACUCAGGAAUGAAUCUGUUAAAGAAAGAAGAGCAGGUUGUAGUGGCGGGAGCACCACGAUCCAAUCACAGUGGUGAGGUUCUGAUCUUAAAGCCUGACGAUGGGGUGGACGAGAGAAGUCUGCGGGUAGCUCACAUUCUCAGAGGCCCGGGUCUGGCGUCCUCUUUCGGGUACUCACUGGUUGUAAUAGACCUCAAUGCAGACGGAUGGGAUGACCUUGUGGUUGGUGCUCCUCAGUACAGCACAACAGACAAGGAGGCAGGAACAGGAGGUGCUGUUUACGUUUACAUAAACCGUCGAGAUAGCCAAGACUGGGACAGAUUACAGCCAGAUGUUCUUACUGGCAAUAAAGACUCCAUGUUUGGAUUAGCGGUGGCAAACAUUGGGGACAUCAAUCACGAUGGAUACAACGAUUUUGCAGUUGGAGCACCUUAUGAUAGUGAUGGUGAUGGUGCAGUGUACAUUUACCUCGGCAAAACUGGACACUUUUCACAAAAAGACAAUCAAGUUUUACUGGGUAAAACCCAUAAAAUCAAGCUGUUUGGCUAUUCCUUGGCUGGAAACACGGAUAUAGAUGGGAAUGGCUAUCCAGACUUAGCCGUGGGCUCACUUUCUGACAGUGUACUUGUCUACAGGGCUAAACCAGUGAUUAGCAUUGAGAAAUCUUUGACAUUAGUACCUAGUGAGAUGAACUUCCAGGAAAGAGACUGCCAAAAAAUACACUGCAUUAUAACAGCUAAAUCCUGCUUCUCCUACACGACCUAUCCAGCGACGUAUAACCCCAGACUGCAGAUUCAUUACAAGCUGAACGCUGAUGAACAGUGGGUUCAGGACGGUCAUCAGUCCCGCCUUGUUUACCAGGACAAUCAGGAAGGAAACAUUGUGCUCCAGACACCGGGUCAAAAAGAAUGUGUGAAAAACCAACUCAAGCUCCGGGCCAACACGGAGAACAAGCUUACAGAAAUCCCCGUCAGCGUGUCAGUGUCUCUGCCGCAGAACAGUCCUCGUCAGAGACUGAGCCAAAGCUCUCUACCUGCUCUCCAGCCAGCUCUCGAUGAUCUCCAGCCUCGGGAAAGCACAGCUAAAUUCAUGUUUUUGAACCCUGACUGUGGAAGUGAUGAUGUCUGUCAGAGUAAUCUACAGCUGCAGUACAACUUCUGCACCAAAGACCAACAUCAGGACUCGUGCUCACCACUAGCCAGGGAGAAUGGAGUGGCAGUAAUCUCCCCCGGUUCUGGGAACACGGCCCUGGAGAUCACUAUAACGAAUCACGGAGGAGAUGACGCUCAUCUCGCUCAACUGGUUGCAAACUUUCCAGAAUCUCUACCUUUAUCAUCGGUCAUCCUUAAACAAGAUAGUAAAGUGAACAUACAGUGUGAUGUAGAUGGGAGUAAAACCAGAGCUGAAUGUAAUCUUGGAAAUCCUUUCAAAAGAGAUGGAGAGGGAACAUUUUAUCUCCUACUAAACACCGAUCGUCUGACCCCGAGCAUAACGGAUGUCAACGUGACGCUGAAUCUCCAGACGAUCAGCGUGCAAAACAUUUCAGAAAUCGUUGCAGAGGCUCAAGUGUUCUUUGAGCUGUAUCUUCAAGUGUUUGGACUGGCCAAACCUUCUCAAGUGUACUUUCAAGAAAUGAAAAACAAAUCAGAUGAGGAGAUCGGAGAACCUGUGCAGUAUGAGUUUACAAUCAGUAACAUGGGUCGGCCUCUGAAGUCCUUUGCCUCUGCAACCCUCAACAUCCAGUGGCCAAAGGAGAAUAAAGAAGGCAAGUGGCUCCUGUAUCUUCUGCAGAUCACUGGACCGAACAACCAGAGCAUCCCGUGUACUCCAGCCUCAGAAAUCAGCCCAAUCAGACAUCCUCAGGAGGUGAAGUCCAGAGAAAAACGAGAAGCGGAAGGUGAAGCGAAGGUGUCAGCUCUCAGCACUGGUGGACUCCUGUCCUUAUUUGGAAGACAUUACAAAUAUCUGACAUGUGGUGACGAAUUAAAGUGUGUGGAGCUCAGAUGCCCCCUAAAGGCAGCAGACAGAACUGCAGUUACCCUGUACUCUCGACUCUGGAGCAGCACUUUCGUUGAGGACUACAGCUCCCUCAAUUAUCUGGACAUUGUACUAAAUGCUUCUCUCAGUCUUGAUGGAUCUCAGAAGAACAUCAGGCUUCAGGAAUCUCAAACACAGGUGAGACUAACAGUGUUCCCAAAGAAGAAGCCGACUUUUCUCAGUCGAGUCCCCUGGUGGGUGGGUCUGCUCAGCGUGGUGCUCGCACUGUUGCUAAUAAGCCUCCUGAUCUACUUCCUGUCCAAGCUGGGAUGCCUUGACUGUGCGAUGUGUACUGAAGACAAUGAGUAUAAAAAUUAAUGCUACAAUAUAGACGUCUAUGCAGGAAAACCAACAGAAAAAGACUUUUGUGGUUCUGUGGAAUGUAAACAUAUAUAAU